UAUUUAUGUUGAGUUACGCCGGCGCAUUUGAUCCUCAAUAUUUAACGCAAUGCCAUUUGCAGCCAUAAAUUUGCAAAAUGGGUGACAAAUUAGUGCGGCUAAGAUUUUUGUUUGGAGUAACUCACCUGGCGAUUUUGUGUGUCGUUUAUUUUUGGAAACGAGAAGAUAUUGCAAAACAUGUGCUACUUGUUUACUUGCUGAAUUAUAGUGAUGACUUAAGGAUGAAUAAUUUAGAUCUUGCACUGGAGAAAAAGAUUGAGAUGUUAACAAUGAUUUUGAUAACUGGCAUUUCUUUGAUUUGUAUUGAAUUAAGCCUUUUUAUUGGAGGUCUUUCGAUGUUUAAAAACUGGCAAUGCUUGAAUUCCACUCUCUGCCACUUCAUUGGAGCUUGUGCAUCAUCAUAUUUACUCUUUACAGGAUGGAAUGAGUUACAUUUCGCAAUUACUUUUUUCAUUUCGAUUGUAAUUCCUUCCUUAGCGGAGGGCUUUAUUCUCAUUGAUCAUUUAUUGAAGAAAGUGUAAUGCACUCAAAUUCUCAUUGGUUAUUUAUUUAAGAAAUUGUAAUAUACUCAUAUUAUCAUUGAUUAUUUCCAAAAGUAAAUAAUGCAUUCACAUGAUCCAAACAGGUUUGAAUAAAAUGUG